UAGAACUACUUUAAUAAAUUAAAAAUAUUGUUACAAUCGAUAGUUCUGGUUAUACAUGCCCCUUGAGCAUGUUAGAAGCUCACAUACAAAGAGAAAAACAAAAGGAAAAGGUUUUCAUUCAAACUAAAAUUCAAAAGCCCCCCAAUGCUCCCUUCCUUAGUGACCUUUGCCGCCGCCGCCGCCGCCGCCACUUUCCCUCCAAAUUUGAAUUCAAAUUCCCACCCACCCAACAAAGCAAACUCCCACCAACCAAGAGCAAGAAAAAUUGCCAUCACCUCCUUCCACUCGCCGAACCAAAUCUUUCCCCUACUUCGACAAUGCGAAUCUCGCGCCCACUUCGCCCAAAUCCACGCCGCGGUCCUCAAAACCGGCCUCGACCGCGACCCCUUAUUGCUCUUCAAGAUCCUCCGCCGCUGCGCCGCCCUCGAAUCCUUCGAGUACGCGGCCCAAAUCUUCGCGAGGAUAGACGACCCGGAUGUCUAUCACUACACCGCUCUCAUCGGUGCCAACCUCGAUGCCGGCGCUAAUGCCGAUGCGAUUCGACUGUUCUCCGGUAUGGUCGGAGGCUCCGUUGAGCCCGACCCGGUCGUAAUCUCUUAUGCUCUAAAAGCUUGUGUGCUGGAGCUGGACUUGGGAGUGGGAAAACAGGUUCAUGGGCAGGUUAUUAAAUUGGAGUUCGAAUCCGCAAGGCCUGUUAGGAUGAAGCUGAUGGAGCUUUACGGUAAAUGUGGCGAGCUUGGUGACGCUCGUUUGGUGUUCGGCGGAAUUCCCGAGAGAGAUGCGGUCGCGGCAACCAUCCUGAUUUCGUGUUACGCCGAUCGUGGGUUGAUCGGAGAGGCACGGGAAGUGUUCGAUCAGACGGUGGGCAAGGAUACUGUGUGUUGGAUGGCGAUGAUCGAUGGGUGCGUCAGGAACGGAAGGAAGAGCGAGUCAUUGGAGCUGUUUAGAGCAAUGCAGAGAGAGAAUGUUCGGCCGAAUGAGUUCACUGCUGUUUGCGUUCUCUCGGGUUGCUCUCAGAUCGGAGCACUGGAGCUCGGAAGAUGGGUUCACUCGUACCUGGCGAAAUAUAAGAUUAAGUUAAAUGCAUUUGUGGGUUCAGCACUGAUCGAUAUGUAUGCGAGAUGUGGGAGCUUGGAAGAGGCACAGGAGGUGUUUGAUGAAAUGAGGGAGAGAGAUGUGGUAUCUUAUAACUCUCUAAUUGCAGGGCUAGCCAUGCAUGGAAGAAGCAAAGAAGCUGUAGAAUUGUACGAGAAAAUGAUCGAACAAGGCCUAAGACCGACCCACGUGACGUUCAUCGGCGUUCUGAACGCCUGUAGUCACGGUGGACAUGUAGACGUCGGAUUUGAGAUCUUCGAAUCGAUGGAAAAUGUUUAUGGAAUAGAGCCCCGGAUUGAGCACUACGGUUGCAUUGUUGACCUGCUAGGACGAGUCGGACGGCUAUCGGAGGCGUACGAGUUCAUCGAAAAGAUGAGAAUUAAGCCCGAUCAUGUUAUAUGGGGGUCCUUGUUGGGUGCGUGUAAGGUCCACGGAGAUCUCAACCUAGGGGAGAAGGUUGCGAAGAUACUAUUCGAUAGUGAAGAAGCCGAUUCAGGAACUUAUAUUCUUCUUUCCAAUGUAUAUGCCUCAUUCGGGAAAUGGAGUGAGGCGGUUAGGGUACGAGAAAAAAUGAAGGAGAAGGGAAUUCGGAAAGAACCAGGGUGUAGUUCCAUCGAAGUCGAGAACGAGAUUCACGAGUUCUUAUUAGGGGAUAUUAGGCAUCCUCGAAGAGACGAAAUAUAUCGAAAGCUCGAAGGUUUGUACGAUGCUUUGCGAAAGGAAGGAUAUGCUCCAGCUAAGGAUGUUGUUCUCCAGGACAUCGACGAGGAAGAGAAGGAACAAGCUUUAGCUAUACACAGCGAAAGAUUAGCGAUUUGUUACGGGUUGAUCUCGACGAAGCCCAGGUCAACGAUACGAAUCAUGAAGAAUCUGCGGGUGUGCAGCGAUUGCCAUUCGAUGAUCAAGCUUACUUCGAAGGUGACGGGGAGGAAGAUUGUGGUGAGGGAUCGGAGUCGGUUCCACCAUUUCGAGGGCGGGUCGUGCUCCUGCCGUGAUUAUUGGUGAAUUUUAUGGAGGAAUUGAUCCUGGAAGGUGGCAAAUCAAAGACAUGAAGCCAAUGUACCAGAAAUAUAGUAUUGGAUGCUGAGGCAUUCAAAUCAGUCAAGGUGUAGGGUACAGCUUCAUUAUUAAGUAGCAGGAACAACAAGAAUUAAAAGGUUAGUUUGUGUGUGGUGAUUCACAUGCCCUAAAUCAUGUGAAGGUUAUGUUCUGCAACAUAUUAUUGAUGUAAAAUUCUUAACUAGAAGGAAUCACAGAUAGAGAACCAAUAUUUGAUUGUGUACAGAAGCUACAGAUAUGCACAAGUUUUCUGUUCAAUGCCCUGUACCUGUACAGGGGAAUACA